AUGGUGAAUUAUUACGAGGUUCUGGGAGUGCAAAAAACCGCGUCUGCGGAUAACAUUAAGAAAGCCUAUCGGCAGUUGGCCUUAAAAGUGCACCCGGAUAAAAACCCAGGAAACAGGGAAGCAGCAGAAAAGAAAUUCAUAGAACUCUCUAAAGCGUACGAGGUCUUGUCCGAUACUAAAAAGAGGGAUGCCUAUGACCGAUCCCGCAAAGGAAACGGACGUGAGAGAGAGUGGCCUGAAAGAGGCAGGGGUACAUGCAGACAUGGUGGGUCUGGAGACAAGGAAAGAGACAAAGGGCAUCUCGACACCGAACCGGGUUUCCACAGAUCCCCCCUGGAUGUGCGCAAGGGGGUGGACACCUUUUCCCUGAAUAUCUUUGACGACCUGCUUGACGACAUUUCUGGCAACCAGCGAGGCCUCCACGGAAGAAGAAGAACCAGAAGCGACAACAGCUUUUCCGUCUCUAUCAGUGGGGUGUCCCCCAUUGCAGGAACCGGCUUCACUUCCUUUGGCUCCGAGAUCACCGGCAGCUGUUCCUGCACUGCUCUCCACAGUGGCAGGAAAGGAAGGUUCAAGUCCAUCAUUACUACCAGCAAGGUUGUGGACGGCAAAAAGGUUGUAACCAAGAGAAUUGUGGUGGACGGCAAGGAACGCGUUGAAGUUGAGGAACGGCCCAUCUGUCACUGAAGGGCUCCCGGCUGUAAAUUGGUAAGGGGCAGCUGCUACGCUUGGGUUACUGAGCCUAUUAGGAACUUGUGCUGUGUUUCGCAUUGUGUGAUGGGCUGGUGGAAAUGCUUUGUGGUGCUUGGCGGUUCGGGCAAACCUUUGG